CACAGUCACACUGACGACACACACACACAACACACACUCGCUGCGCGCUGACCAAUCCCACUCACAAGCAAGAACUGAACAGAACACCUCGCCAAGAUGUGUGACCAGACGUUUUUGGCCAUCACCUUUGGCCCCUGCGACAACUGCAGCCAGAACAAACCGCUGAUGAACAUCUACCUGCAGAAUGAACCCAUCAACUACUGCUCCCUGUGUGUGGAAAUGAUGGCGUGCCAGGGUCUGUCGAAGGGCGAGACUGUGUCCAGCCUGCGCGCGGAGUCCGAAAACCUGAAGGCCAAGCUGGAGGAGGAGCGAUCCAAACUGCACGAUGUGGAGCUGCAUCAGGUGGCUGAGAAGGUGGAGGCUCUGGGUCAGUUUGUGAUGAAGACCCGCAGAACGCUGAAGGGCCACGGUAAUAAAGUGCUGUGUAUGGACUGGUGUCGGGACAAGAGGAGGAUUGUGAGCUCCUCUCAGGACGGGAAGGUCAUCGUUUGGGACGCCUACACAACUAAUAAGGAGCAUGCGGUCACUAUGCCGUGUACGUGGGUGAUGGCGUGUGCGUACGCUCCGUCUGGCUGUGCCAUAGCCUGUGGUGGGCUGGAUAAUAAGUGCUCGGUGUAUCCUCUGUCUCUGGAUAAAAAUGAGAAUUUGUCUGCUAAGAAGAAAUCCGUGGCGAUGCACACCAACUACUUAUCAUCCUGCAGCUUCACCAACUCUGAUAUGCAGCUCCUGACCUCCAGUGGUGAUGGGACGUGUGCAUUAUGGGAUGUAGAGAGCGGUCAGCUGCUGCAGAGUUUCCACGGGCACUCGGCUGAUGUGCUGUCUCUGAACCUCGCGCCCUCAGAGACAGGAAACACCUUUGUGUCUGGAGGUUGUGAUAAAAAAGCUAACGUGUGGGACAUGCGCUCUGGACAGAACAUUCAGUCCUUUGAAACUCAUGAAUCAGACAUUAACUGUGUAAGGUACUACCCCAGCGGUGAUGCUUUUGCCACGGGUUCUGAUGACGCUACUUGUCGCCUGUAUGACCUGCGGGCCGAUCGUGAGGUGGCCAUCUACUCCAAAGAGAGCAUCAUCUUCGGCGCCUCCAGUGUGGACUUCUCUCUGAGCGGUCGGCUGCUGUUUGCUGGCUAUAAUGACUACACUAUAAACGUGUGGGACGUCCUGAAGGGCACCAGGGUCGCAAUUCUGUUUGGGCACGAGAACCGGGUCAGCACAGUCCGAGUGUCGCCCGAUGGCACAGCGUUCUGCUCAGGAUCGUGGGACAACACUCUGAGGAUUUGGGCCUGAGCGCGCCCCCGCUGAGUUUCGGAGCUAAUAUGACGAAGAAUGUGGUGGAGAACACGCAGACCAAAUGACCACAGGGCUUUUAUUUUUAGAUGAGAUUUCUGUAUAGACUAAGUUUAGCUUAGUUUCUGUCCUCCAGCCCUGAAGCCAGGCCCCUGAUCACCAAAGUAACUGUCGUCAUGUUUGUUUGCUCAGUACUUUAGACCUGUUAUCGCUGUAAAAAAUUAUGUCAUAUCAUGUCAUAAUGUCAAAGGUAGAGCUGGGACAACACUCUUGGCUAUAUAAGGUACGGUAUAUCAAUGUAUCAGAUCAUUUCAGACAUUUCAGAUCAGUCUAUUUAUCUUUAAUGUGAUCGCAAUUAUAAGUUGUUCAAAUCUAGAAGAACUAUAUCCUCAAGUUAAGUCAACAAAGACCAUCAGAAAUGUUAUGAUGAAACUGGCUCUCAUCAGGACCGCCCCAGGAAUGGAAGAUCAAGAGUUACUAAAAGUCAAACCACCCACCUGUCUCUAUUCUAUUGUGGGAGGAAGUGGGUGAACAUUUUAGUGUAGGGCUGCACGAUAUAUCGUUUAAGCAUCGUCAUGGCGCAGUAGUCACAUCGCAGGACGUGUGAUGUCACUUUAAAUCAAACACAUCAUGUUGUAAUGUUUGGAUUUUGGAUACAAGAAGUAGAUACACAGCGCUGUCUCUGUGUCUGUGUGAGUGACAGGCUGCUGCUGCCUAAGAAGCACAAAGGGGAGGAGAUGUGUGAGGGGAGGGGGCAGGAGUAAACACGAGGUAACCACUUGGCCUCCAGCCACAUUGUUGUAAGCUUGUAAACUGAGGUGCAAAUCUCAAAAUCUGUGCGCCUCAGUCCAGCACAGUUUUGCACAGAUUUCCAGAUACUGCUAAAUUCACGCUUUUAAUUCCAGAAAAAAAAAACAUUUAAAUGCCUGAUUAAAGGGCCAAUUACUGUUGUUUUGCAGUUUUUCUCGGAUUUGAGUGCUCGGUGCUGACUCAGCUCUUAAUCGGUCCGGAUGUGAGACAGCGAGCGGGCGGUGGGAUAUAUAUUGGGAUAUAUAUAUCGUCUAAAUAAAAAAGAACAUUUGCAAUGUAAACUUUUUCCAAUAUCCUUGCAGCCCUAAUUUAGAAUUAGACAGGGAUUUGAUGUGACAGCAAUUGUGUUUUUUUUUUUAUAGAAGAAUUAGAAGAAGGUAGACCUGCACACAUUCCUAACACAGAUCAGCUAAAAAAAGAUAAUCAGUGACAAGAAUAAAAAAGCUCUGGGUAAUUAAACCUGUAUUUAUUAGUAAGACACUGGAUUUUAGUUGCAUUGUUACUGUAAAUCUUGCUUGCUUUUGAAUGGUAAGACAGUUAAAACAAGUAAAGAAUUUGUCUUGUGGCAUUUUAUUUCUCUUUUAAGUGCAAUAGUGUGAAUUCACAUAGGGCACUUCAGUAUCUGAUUCAUUUAUUUACUUUGGUCAUAAAAAAAAAAUACUGUUUAGUGUCUCCAUUGUGUCUCAAUUGAUUUCUGUACUGUAUUCAGAGGUUAUUAAAUAUCAUUUAAUGUCUA